AUGAUAUGCAAGUACCUACGCAAGCCUAUUCCUCAAUUGUACUAUUCGGAAAUCAAGAAGCACGGUUUUCAAGAAACUCCAAUCAACCACUUUUGGGCCCAUGUUCUACCUCUAUACUUUACUCAGGACAGGUUGUGUGGAAUAGAGCUGGAGAAUCGAUCACUGGUAGAGGAGAUCAGGAACCGUGCCAAUAUUAAAAUCCUAAGCGUCAGAAAUGGCGUGCAAGGCGACUUCUUUAAGAAGGUGGUCAUUAUCAGUGCAUCGUCCUGGAAUGACAUUACCGGACAGCUGUUGGACUACCUGAAAAUAGUGCGUGCAGAGCAAAAGUUUUCAGGGGCCAUUUACGGUAUCUGUGCUGUUGGCAGCCAUGUGUCAUUUUACUCCUUCAAUUUUGAGCAGCAAAUGCUGGAGUCUUACCCUGACAGAUUCAACGAUAAGCGAUACGAACUACUGGAGAAUGAGCAGGAGAUCGAUGAAAUUUUAGCGGGUCUUGCAAACAAGAUUUGCGAGGGAAGUUAG